AUGUCAUCGUCUCCGGAGGCGGAGCUGGCGGAGAGCCUGACCAAUGAGGUGACGUGUCCCAUCUGCCUGGAGCUGUACUGCGACCCCGUGCGGCUGGAGUGCGAGCACAAUUUCUGCCGCAGCUGCAUCAGUAAGUACUGGCUGCGGGGCGGGGAGGAGGGCAGUGCCCCGGAGGGGCAGAGCCAGGCCUUCACCUGCCCCCAGUGCCGCGAGAUCUUCCCCCAGCUCCAGCUCAGGACCAACCGGCUGCUCUGCAACAUCGUGGAGCGCGUGCGCAAGCUCCGAGUGGACUCCUGGGGCACGGCUUCGGCCUCUCCACCAGAGGGCAGCGGCGCAGCAGAGAGGGGCACUCCGGCGGGGUUCUGUGCGAAGCAUGGCGAGAGACUGAAGGUGUACUGCCAGGAUGAGCAGGUGGCAAUCUGCGUGGUGUGCGCUGUGUCCAGAGAUCAUAAAGACCACAGCAUGGCACCCAUACAAGAAGCACUGCAAGAGUGCAAGGAGAGGUUUGAGUCGGCGCUGACUGAGUUUGAAGAACAGAAGGAAAAAAUCCGGACUAUGCACUCGAAACACGAGAGAGAGCUGAAUGACCUAAAGGACUCUGCUGCCUCUCUUGAGAGGGGGAUCUGCUCCCAGGUGGAGGAGCUCCUGCAGUUCCUGGAGGCUGAGAAGAAGGCGCUGUGCUCCCAACUGCAGGCUGACCUGCGCAGGCUGGAGCAGCAGAGAGAGGGGGUGCUCAGCGCAGCACAACAGGAAGUGACCCACCUGCAGCAGGACGUGACCUCACUGCAGGGCAGGCUGGCAAGGGAGGGGCUGGAGAAGGAUGGGCAAGAAGUGGGCGACGCCCCAGCGCUAAUUAAGGAAAGUGACUUCCUGUUUUUUUUUAUUAUUAUUAUUAUGGAAGUUUAUGUAAGUUUGUUAGCGUGAAGGAUUGCGAUUCUUUUAACUUUUGAGCAGCUUUUUGGCUGGAUUUGAAAGUGUGUAUACAGCUUCAUACCUGCAGAGGAACUGAACUGCUUGACUCAGUUUCUUCUAGAUUCAGUCACACUGAUGAAGGCUCUAGCUGAAACGCUUGUCUGCUUGACUCAGGUUCUUCUAGUUUCAGUAACACUGAUGAAGGCACUAGCUGAAACGCUUGUCUGCUUGACUCAGGUUCUUCUAGUUUCAGUAACACUGAUGAAGGCACUAGCUGAAACGCUUGUCUGCUUGACUCAGUUUCUUCUAGUUUCAGUAACACUGAUGAAGGCAC